AUGGCAUCACCACCAAAGCCUUGGGAACGGGCCGGCGCAACUACCGCUGCGUCAACUCCUACCGCCGCUUCCAUCGCGACCCCGACACCGGCGGCCUCGAUUGCUUCGACGACUUCACCAUCGUCGGCGCCCACUGUCCCUGAGCGGCCAGCUUCUCUCGCCUCCGCGGUCAACCAGAACGCCUCGGCAUACAGCCGGACCGGACUCGGAGCCGGUAUCGGUGCAGCAAGCCCUUACGGCGGCGGAUACUCUUCGCCUUACGGCAGCCCGUACUCAAGGAUGGGUUCCUACGGCGGCUACGGUGGCGGCAUGUACGGAGGUUAUGGCGGAUAUGGCGGCGGCAUGUACGGAGGAGGCAUGUACGGCGGCAUGGGGGGAAUGGGCAUGGGAGGCAUGCCCGGAAACCCCAACGAUCCGAACAGCUUGACGAAUCGAUUCAACAACAGCACUCAGGCUACGUUCCAGAUGUUGGAGGGCAUCGUCGGCGCCUUUGGCGGUUUUGCUCAGAUGUUGGAGAGCACGUAUAUGGCUACACACUCCAGCUUUUUCGCCAUGGUUUCAGUAGCGGAACAGUUUAGUAACCUCAGAGAUACCCUGGGCUCGAUUCUGGGCAUCUUCACUCUGAUGCGCUGGAUCCGUACCCUCAUCGCCAAGAUUACCGGCCGUCCACCCCCAGCCGAUGCGACGGCUCUUACACCCGCUGCCUUUGCCAAGUUUGAAGGCCGACCGCCCAUCGGCCCCGAUGGCGCUCCUCUAGGACCUCCCAAGGCUUCUCGCAAGCCCCUCUUCUUCUUCAUUCUUGCUGCGUUCGGCCUCCCGUACCUGAUGCGCAAGAUGAUCAACACCAUGGCCCAAUCUGCGGAGGAGGAAGAACGCCGCCGCAUGGCGCUUGCCGGCGAGCAACAAGCCUUGGACCCCUCCAAGCUUGACUACUGCCGCGUAAUGUACGAUUUCACGCCCCAAGCCGGCAACGCCGUCAAGGAUGUGGACAUGGAGGUGCGUAAGGGCGAACUUAUCGCCGUUCUGUCCAAGAGCGACCCCAUGGGCAACCCCAGUGAGUGGUGGAGAUGCCGCGCUCGCGAUGGCCGCAUGGGCUACCUUCCCUCGACCUACCUCGAGGUUAUUAAGCGACCCGGACAGCCUUUGGCUGCGAUCAAGGCUGCCCCCGUGCCAGAGAAGGCCCCGGAAAUCAAGACCAAAAUUGGCGACGUGUCGCCCGAGAGCUUCCAGAAGAGCGUGUUCUAUAACUAG